GGUGAGUGUGCAGGUACUGUAGACUCUGUACCUUCCACAUCUUCCCUCUACACCAACACACCCACACAGGUGUUGUACACGCAAGCCUGAUACGUGCACAGACGCAUCCUCAGAUACACGGGAGAAAGAGGAACAUUACAAAUUUACACGUGUGUCCGGCAGCGUGUCCCUGGGAUGGAGUUUAAAGGAGGGUUCGGUAGCGGGGAGUUGGAGUGACCCAGGGGGCAGAGGUCUCUUCUGUCCUCCCUCCCAGGGACCUCAGUUUCCAGGAUCGGCCCCAGUGGCUCCGAUUCAGGCAGGCAGAGCUGCGGGGCAGGGGGCAGAGCCUCUGUGCCCCUCUCCUGGGUCCUGGCUGGAGAUGAGGCCCGGGGCCCCCAAGAAUGGCCCACCCCGGGCUCCUGCACAGCCUGUACCACACUCCUGCUUCCCUGCUUAGCGCUCCCCUUGGCUCCUGAACCCAGCAACCCGUCAGGAAAAGAUAAACGCAGGCCCUGUGUCCACACCCCUAUGGGUCUCAUAACAAGGCAAUGGUUUCCAGGGCAGAGGCUGGAUUUCAGGAUUUGGGAGGAGGAGCCGGGAUGGUAUGCUUGCCAGGAGGGAGGGGUCCAGUCCUGGAGUGUAUUUCUCUGUCGGGUCCUUGUUAGCCUACUCCCUGUGGGUGCCUGCAGCUGGGGACCCUGAGGAGUGUGGUGCGGCUGCCUUCACACACCUUCCCACUUACAAAGCCAGACUGCCAGGCCCAUUAGCCCGUCCCAGCAGGCUGAGGGCUACAUGGAGGCCAUGGCAGGGCCAGUCGGGGUCUGACAGAUAACGGGUCUGGCCUGCCCCAUGACUUUGCAACCUGAGCCCUUCCUGGCAGAGGGGCUUGGAGGGGCGAGGUGACCAGUGAGGUCGGCAGCUGCCUUUGACUCAGUGCAAAGGCUGAUGUGACCUUGGAGACAGGCCCUGUGUAGUACCUGUGAGCCCCCUCUAAUGCCUCCUCUCUGUGACCCAUCUCACUGAGUCCAUCCAUCCACUAGUCCUGUUGGUUCCACUGGCUCUCCAAUGAGGCCCCUUUCCCAGGCAUUCAAUCACACAGUGUUUCUGGAGUACUUUCUAAAGCCAGUUGCCUCCCCAGUUGUGGGAAUGGAUGCACAGCAGAGACAGACCCUGCUCUCUGAGGAUGGGCUCCAACACGUGCACGCAAGUGUAUGUCUUAUAACAGGUGCAAGAAAUUCCAGGCAAAGAUCCCACAGGUGAGCAUGUGUUUGUGAGGGCCGUGUGCACGGCGUAGAGUGGGCAGUGACGGGCACAGGGUGAGGGUCGGGGUUCUGGGAAUUACUGCUGUGGCUCUCAGGUCUCCCUGAGCAGUGAGGGGGUCCCUACCCCCAGUAGGACCUGGGCCCUGCGAGUGAGAGCCCCGAUGGAACGCAUAACCCACGUCCGCGGUCUCCGAGGUCAAGUCCACUUGGGGAUCGAGGCCUUCUUCAGGUGGCCCGCAGCCCCUCCCCCAGGCCGCACGCCGCUCCUCCAGGGUCAAGGGGGGCUCGGCCUCCGCACUCCCUGUGCAGCUCCUCACCGCGGAAGAGGAGAGGCGGAGUGAGCUCUCCUCCUCCGGCGCCACUGGGGAACCCCCCUCCCCCACUUCACUGCAUCCCUCGGGUCGACUGGACAGGGGCUGUCCCCCCGAGCCGCCUGGCCCCGCCCCCGCGGCCCCGCCCCCGCGCGGCGCCCAGUCCCCCGGCUCGCGGGGCCCGCCCCGCCCCCUUCCCGCCCCUCCCACCAACCCUCGGGCGAACCCGGCUGCGGGCGUCCAGUUGCUGCCCGGAGCUGCGGAGGUCGACUGCUCGCCCGGCUAGGCCCGAUCUCCCUCACACGUAAGCGCUCUGCCCCGCCAUGGAGCCGGCCCCCGACGCCGAGGAGGCGCGCACGGUGCGCGAGGCGCUGGGCCGCUACGAGGCGGCGCUGGAGGGCGCAGUGCGCGCGCUGCACGAGGACAUGCAGGGGCUGCAGCGCGGCGUGGAGCAGCGCGUGGCCGAGGCGCUGCACCUGGCCGGACCGCUGGCGCGCACGGUGACCGAGCUGCAGCGCGACAACCAGCGGCUGCAGGCGCAGCUCGAGCGCUUGACGCGCCAGGUGGAGGCGCUGGGCUUGACGACCGGGCUGGCCCCCGCGCCCGGCACGCCCAGCCCUCCGCCCGUGCCUGGCGUCCCGGACCGCGCGCCCCGUCUGGGCACCGCACGCUUUGCCAGCCACGCCACCUUCUCGCUGUCCGGCCGAGGCCAGAGCAUGGAUCACCAUGACGAGGCCGGAGAGUCGGAGAUGAGAAGGACCUCAGACUCGUGCAUCGUCGAGAACGGGCACCAGCCUGGGGCAGGUCCAGGUGAUGGACCCCCUGAGACCACCCAAACUGUCCCGGCACCAGAACCCCCCAAGCCUCGCCCUGCGAGCCUCUCCUUGCGGCUGCCUCACCAGCCAGUCACGGCUAUCAUGCGAGUCUCCGAGAGGUUCUCUGGGGAGACGUCAGCCGCAGCUCUCUCGCCCACGUCUGCCGCCGUCCUGGGGGGCCUCAGCCCCAGCGAGGCCACCACACCCUGGACUCCCAGUCCCACUGAGAAGAAUUCUUCUCUCCCACGGUCUUUAUCCAGCUCUGGCUACGGGGCAGUGACGGCCAGCAGGAACAACGGCAGCCCACCUCUGGUGACGCCACCCGAGUCUCUCCCAUCCCCGCAGCCGCCAGCCACGACCCAGGCCCAUCGGCAGGGGGAGCGUCGCCGGGAGCUGGUGAGGUCGCAGACGCUGCCCCGCACCUCGGGGGCGCAGGCCCGGAAGGCGUUAUUUGAGAAAUGGGAGCAGGAUACAGCUGGCAAGGGGAAGGGCGAGACCCGGGCGAAGCUGAAGCGCUCGCAGAGCUUCGGCGUGGCCAGCGCCAGCAGCAUCAAGCAGAUCCUGCUCGAGUGGUGCCGCAACAAGACGCUCGGCUACCAGCACGUGGACCUGCAGAACUUCUCCUCCAGCUGGAGCGACGGGAUGGCCUUCUGCGCCCUGGUGCACUCCUUCUUCCCCGAUGCCUUCGACUACAAUGCCCUGAGCCCCGCGCAGCGGCGGCAGAACUUCGAGCUGGCCUUCACCAUGGCCGAGAAUCUGGCCAACUGUGAGCGCCUCAUUGAGGUGGAGGAUAUGAUGGUGAUGGGCCGCAAGCCAGACCCCAUGUGCGUCUUCACUUACGUCCAGUCUCUGUACAACCACCUGCGUCGCUUUGAGUGAAGCCCCUCGGGGCUGGAGAGCCAAGCCCCGAAGGAGUCGGUGGGGCCGCCUGUGUCCCGGAGUCAGGAUGCCCCCCCGAGCAGAGUUGCAUUCUGGUGUGAGAGAGCUGUUUGUUCUGUGCCUCGUAACCGCGCUCCCCAACCUGCCCGGCUGCGUUACUGAUGGGAAAGUACCGCUGAGCUGCGUGCACUGACUGCACUGAUCACAGCCAGGGGCUCCAAGGCAAAGGAAGUAUUACCAGAGAGAGAGAAAUUGGUGCUAAAUAAUUACCUUCCUUAAAAAUAAUAAUAAUAAUAAUGCUUGUCUGUAGAUUCUGGAAGCCUGAAUCAGUGUUCCCUCUGCUGAACUGGAUCCAUUGGCUUUACAGGGUUGCAUUGACUACCAAGUGUUUUUUAAUCCAAACACCCAGAGUUUUCUACUUCCUCACACUAUUGUAGGUUCCUUUCCUCCCGCGCUCUGGGCCACUGCCAGGAAAUAUAGAGACGCUUAAUCAGCAGCUUGACAAAGAAGACUGAAGUCUUGGGAAGAAACUGUUUAAUCACUCCCAGGUCCUGGGCAGCAGCUGACCUGCAAGUCACCUCGGCUCUCUGGGGAAAUGGGAGGGCUCUCGCCGGGUCCCAAAGUGGUCCUGUCCUUCCCAGGAGGGCUCCGCACGUGUUUGGCUGAGAAUAGGCCCUCGGGAAGUUAACACUUUUAGGGAAGGACGGGCAUUUGGUGCUGCGAGGUGGUUUUUAGUCACAGCUUCUCUUAAGGGAUUCGCUGCAGAUAUUUAUAAAAAGUAACUCCAUCUGUACCACUGACCGUUUGUACAUAAAAAGAUGUGUCGCACUUCGCUUG